GGUAUAGCUCUCCUCUCCAAGAUGGACGCAGGUUAAGAUCCUUCCUGGUAAAUCCGGAACCUUGCCUACACACAGAAAAAAAAAAGAUCAUGACCAGUUAAAGUAAAGCCAAACUGUGGAUAAAUGAAUAAAACCGCAGCCGACCGUGAAUGGUUAAAACCCCAGGCGAGGCUCCGCUGCGUCUGAACGGUCACGUGUAGAGCUUCACUGAGACAUAGAGUUCGGGACUGGACAAAUGCUGGGUGCUUGAGGCGGACGGGCGGAGUGGCUACGACGGACCGGUCGGGUCAGCGGGGACAUGGCUCACCUCAGGGGCUUCGCGCACCAGCACUCUCGUGUGGACCCAGAGGAACUCUUCACCAAGCUUGACCGCAUUGGCAAGGGCUCGUUUGGGGAGGUGUACAAGGGCAUCGACAACCACACCAAGGAGGUGGUGGCCAUCAAAAUCAUUGACCUGGAAGAGGCAGAGGAUGAGAUCGAGGACAUCCAACAAGAGAUCACUGUGCUCAGCCAGUGUGAUAGUCCUUACAUCACCCGCUACUUCGGCUCCUACCUGAAGAGCACCAAGCUGUGGAUUAUCAUGGAGUACCUGGGUGGCGGCUCUGCACUGGACCUGCUAAAACCUGGUCCACUGGAGGAAACCUAUAUUGCCACCAUUUUACGGGAGAUUCUGAAGGGCUUGGAUUAUCUGCACUCAGAGCGCAAGAUCCACAGAGAUAUCAAAGCUGCCAACGUGCUGCUCUCGGAGCAGGGUGAUGUGAAGCUGGCAGACUUCGGUGUGGCUGGGCAGCUCACAGACACACAAAUCAAGAGGAACACAUUUGUGGGUACUCCCUUCUGGAUGGCACCUGAGGUUAUCAAGCAGUCUGCUUAUGACUUUAAGGCUGACAUCUGGUCCCUGGGCAUCACAGCCAUCGAGCUGGCCAAGGGGGAGCCGCCAAACUCUGACCUCCACCCUAUGCGAGUCCUGUUCUUGAUUCCCAAGAAUAACCCACCCACGUUGGAGGGCCAUCACAGUAAACCCUUCAAGGAGUUUGUAGAGGCCUGCCUCAAUAAGGACCCACGAUUCCGACCCACUGCCAAGGAGCUCCUGAAGCACAAAUUCAUCACACGCUACACCAAGAAGACCUCUUUUCUCACUGAACUCAUUGACCGCUACAAGCGCUGGAAGUCUGAGGGGCAUGGCGAGGAGUCCAGUUCCGAGGAUUCUGACAUUGAUGGCGAGGCUGAGGAUGGGGAGCAGGGUCCCAUCUGGACGUUUCCCCCAACCAUCCGGCCAAGUCCACAUAGCAAGCUGCACAAGGGGACUGCCCUGCACAGCUCACAGAAGUCUGCUGAACCUAUCAAGAGACAGCCAAGGUCCCAGUGCUUGUCUACGCUAGUCCGGCCUGUCUUUGGAGAGCUCAAAGAGAAGCACAAGCAGAGCGGUGGGAGCGUGGGUGCCCUGGAGGAGCUAGAGAACGCCUUCAGCCUGGCUGAGGAGUCCUGUCCUGGCAUCUCAGACAAGCUGAUGGUGCACCUGGUGGAGCGUGUACAGAGGUUCUCACACAGCCGGAACCACUUGACGUCUACGCGCUGAACUGGAUGCACUGCUCUUCACAGAGAGGGAGAAGAAUGCGUUUUGUUUUGAGCUCUAAAAGGACUGACUUGGAAGCCUUCGUGUGCUGUGCUGCAGCUGCAAAGACCUACCAGCCUGUAGGCUUCACCAGCCAGGUCACCUCCCUUCUGCCCCACCAUAGUGUGCUGCCCUGCACAGUAGCACUCGACACCUGUGCUCACCUCCUGGGUUGGCCAACGCUACAGUAGGUAGCCAGGGCCCUUGAAGAACUGGGUAGCAAUUUGGGAAGCUGGGGUGACCUUCCAGAAUCUUUGGUUCUGCAGCUGCUAAACUAAGGAUCAAAGCAACUGUUGGGCAACUCUGGCUCUCACCCUCCACCAGGGAUAGUGUCUCGGGGGCUCAUAUGGUCCAAGAUGGUCAUAAUUUGGUGUCAGUUCAGGUACUGUGUGUUCUCAUGAGUACUCAAAUCGUUCAGAAUAUUUUGCACCCCCCCUUUUUUUUUUUUUUUUUAAGAAAAUUGAACUUGCUAAGUAUUCUGACAGUAAGUAUUAGUUUUCAUAGAGUAUUGAAAGCCCUACCAUUUCAAUAAAGACCUGGAUUGGAGACA